AGCGCGCGAGAAAAAUCGCGACGGUAGCAACAGAGGGAAAAACGUUAAUAUCGCGUAUCUGGUUGUUAGAGACGCUAGGCGAAAAUGAGCGAAGGCAAGCGUUUGGACGAGAAGGGUGCUGAGGGAAGGGACGAGGACAGCGAGCCGUUAGCGGAUUUUACGGAGAACUUUAACCAACUGGAACUGCUGGAAACGCACAGGCAUUUGAUUCCUGUAGGAACUCAGAGUUGUUGGUCGGGGCAGUCUGAAGAUGAAGAGGACGAACAAGAAAAAAGUGAGGAAUGGUAUGAAAUGCAAGAGAAAAAAAUGGAAAAAAAUCCAGAGAAAUUGCUGCUCUGGGCAGCUGAAAACAACCGGCUGAGUACAGUGCGAAGGCUACUUUCCCAAAAGCUAGCUCCAGUUAAUGCUCGUGAUGAAGAUCAAUACACUCCUCUCCAUCGAGCUGCCUACAGUGGGCAUUUGGACAUUGCACGAGAAUUGGUUGCCCAAGGGGCAGAUGUUCACGCGUUGACCGUGGACGGCUGGACGCCUCUGCAUAGUGCUUGUAAGUGGAACAAUACAAAAGUGGCCUCAUUCUUACUUCAGCAGGGUGCAGACAUCAAUGCUCAGACAAAUGGAUUGCUGACACCCUUGCAUAUUGCUGCAGGAAACAAAAACAGUAAACAAACCCUCCUACUUUUGCUGAUGAAUCGCUAUGUGAAACCAGACCUGAAGAAUAACUUGGAUGAAACUGCCCUUGACAUUGCUAGGAGGACUGAUAUUUAUCACUACCUUUUUGAAAUAGUAGAAGACUGCAUAAAUUGUGUGUCAAAUACUUGAAAGUUGUAAUUAAGCUUGGGAAUGUGAGUUUUAUUUCCUCUUGAUUGUUAGACAGGACUCUGUAUGCUCAGCUGUGGUGGUCUGUCCAUUCUUAAUCAUGAUUUAAUUGGAGAUAUUUUAGUAUUCUUAUCCAUCAACAUGUUAGUUUUUUUGCAGUUCAGUGACAGUAGGUUCGUACUUUGAAGUGUGAUUGCUGUUACUCAGGGUAUUCAGAAAAUUUCGGUGAAUUCAGUAGUUUCAGUGAGUCUCCACUUAAGUAGUGCACGUUUAGAGGGACCUACUAUAAUUAGUCCUAAACAGUAAUGUCUUUUGAAAUGCAGGGAAAACGGGAAUAUUUACUUUAUGUGAAAAAAUUCUAGCUUGGUUAUGCAGACUUUAUUAAAGCUCAUUUGGAACUUAAUUUUUGAGAAAUUUAACUUUAUAAAGACUCCAUGAAAGCUGAAGAUGAAUGUAAAUUACUUGGGGGAUACACAAUGUUUGGUGAUCCUGUUGUACAGCUUAUUAUAAAAUAUUAAACAGUAAAUGUUAUGUUGUCAUAUUUUUAAUUGAAAAGUCAAUAAUGAAUGCAAUUGCCUGUUCAUAAUCGAGAGCAUUAUUCAUAGAAUGCUAAAGUAGUUUCAGUUUAUUUUUCUUGGUACUUUUCAAGGAAAUGACGUUCUUUAAAGAUCCAGUUUGCUUUUCUUUGCAAAUGACUUGAGUAAAGUUUUACAGUCAACAUACUAUUGUGUUUGAUUUAGUUAUACCUAACUUAGUGCAAGACACACUCAACUGUGUUUCUCUUCCAUGUUUGAAUCUCUGGACAGAAUCCCUUAUUCCAACUCAAAUACUAGGACACCAACGUGGUUUAAAAGCUUACUAGUAUUUUUUUCCCUAAUUUCCAUACCAUUCUGUUCUUUUCGCUUCCUUAUUUGAUGCGUUUUUAAUUCAUGAUAGAUAGUAUUGCUAACUAUAGGCACUCAAGUGUGGGUUGGGCUUCUAAAAGUCCCGACACUGAUUUGACUACCAAACUCAAGAUGUAUUAGAUUUUGAGUCCUUUAGCAUGCAGCUGAAUGCAGGUUUUUAUCUGCAGUCAUGCAGGCUAGGACCUCAGUUGUUUACAAUGAAAGCUAGGGCCCUUAGGUGUUCUUCAUGACUUCAAGUUCAAGGACUUUAAUGAAUAGGCUAACUUCACCCAAAGAUUUGCAGGGAAAAAUCAGAAGUGUUGAUAAUACUACAUGAUUCUUUUUUUUUUUCCUGCUUUGCCUAAUGACUAACACAUUGGAAUAAAUAAAUGCAAACUCUAUUAGACUCUUAGCAAGCGUCUCUCAUAGCUGUCUAAAGAGAUAUCUCUUAACUUGAAUUGUGUACUGCAAUUUCAGUUGAUUCUGCCUUUACACAGCUGUAGCUGUCUAAUCACAGGACUGUGUCACACUUACUCAAUGGGCUGCACUUGUUGCCCAGGAUCCUCAUCAGCAACUGUUUGUUAACAGCAACUGUCUAUCUAUUACUAAAAUGGAUUCAGUCAUUCCUACUAGCAUUAGUGUUCCUCUGAGGUGUGUAUUCUAAAGUCCUAGCUCUGAGUACUCUAUUUGGUUUAACUUAGCAGGAAAUAUUUAGGUAAUGCUAUACCAGUGUUACUGUUCACAUCAGCUGCAGUGAUCAGCAUUUGCUGUCUUUCAACUUCUUUUAGAGAACUGGCAUAUCUGGAUUACUUAGCUAUCAGUAAGAGGUCUAUUAAUUUUUUUUUUGCUUUUUUCUUUUUGCUUUAUUUAGUGCAAGUUUCAGACAAAAAUCAUGACCUCAUGCAAGCAUUUAAUGAGUGAAUUUUUAAGGAUCAAUAUAGUACAUCUCAGAACAAUUGCUUUGAGCAGGCACUCCGCCCUAAUCAGAGUGAAUUAGAAGGAUACUGGCAGAAGUUCAGCAAUGCUGUUAGCCCAGCAUGGGAUCUGUAAAGCAGUGGAUGAGAAUUGGACACUAAAGUUUUUCCCAUGAUGAUGGCACGCUGUAUGAUUCUGACCUUCAACUUUUCCAUCUAUAACUCAGGACUGGAGAGACUUGUUUCUAUUUGUCAAUCAACUUGAACCGAAAAGGGAAUAUGAGAUUUGAAGUACCGUCACUCCUUAUAAGAACUCUUAACAAAACAUUUUGUUGUCUUGUGCAGACACCCUACUAAGUGGUUUCCCCCCAAGCUCCAUCUAGCUGCCACUAAUGUGGACUUGCACGCUUUUAGCAGCAGCAGCCAGCAGGGCUGGGAUAUGCUGGCCCGCAUUUGGUCCUCUGAUCAGGCACCUAUAGUGGACAUCACCACUGCUCCAGCUUUCUACAGCACUGUUCAGCAUUUCUGUUAGAGAAUACAGAACUGCCUUUGAAAUAUGAAUUGAUCAAGAUGAUUUUUAAUGCUAGGUAUUUUGGAAAUCCGGUGUCUGGACAGCUGUAGAAGAGGAAUGCACCUUGAAAUGCAUCAAGGAAAACUACAGAAAUGUGCAUUGUAUGGAUCUUCAUUCUUCACUUUUCAUGUGUAAUUAUGUUUUAAGCUUUUAUUAAUAGUGUUGUAACUUUUAGACACUGAACAAAGUGUAACACUAAACUUCCAGAAUGCAGAUACACAUUACUAAAUCUAGCAGCUGUACAGGAAUAUACCAACACAUUAGUGUAUCUUGUUAUCUGAAAAAGCAGACAAGGCAAGUUCAUAUUUCCAAAAUCAUCAUUACUGUGCAUUUGUGUAACCAGACAUGGUUUACGUGUUCUAUAUUCUCACUUUCUACUGUAUGCAAAAUAUGACUUUGUCAAAGCGAUCUCAGCCAUACACUGUACCAAAACUCA